CAUGAGUCAUAUUUUGGGUGCAUAAAUUCAAAAUAACAAUCAUGGCCAAAGUAAAAAUUCUCAAGUGUAUAAACAUGAUCAAUUGGGGUCAUUGAAAAUAAAAAAUAUGUCGUAGCCAUUCGUUUUUUUUCAUAAUUUUGCAAAAAAACAUGGAUGGACCAGCUCCCGCAGGAUAUUACUAUCAACCAUCGGGUGGUGAAUAUGCACAGUAUAUUGGAAAAAGCAUACCAUCAAACUUUCAACUACCGCCAAUGGCUCCACAUUAUCAAGAUCCCAAUUCUCCAACUCCAAUGCCCGGAUUUUAUUAUAUUGAUGGUUUCGGAAAUCCACCACAAUAUUUAGGGGUGAAUCCCCCAAAACGAGAAAGAGGCAAUGAAAAUCAAAAGCAAGGAAUGUCCAGUUCGUCUGCAGGAACUCGUCGCUCUGCAGCCUCUAAUCGGUCAAAAGGUUCCUAUUUCGAGUAUGGUAUGAUUAAAACAGACGAAAAUCCACAAGGCGAAUUUUUUUAUUCAUAUACUGAUUCUGAAGGAUUAAUACACUAUAUGGUUCCUGAUAGCCAAGAUGCAUAUCCCAAUCCUAACAAUCCAAACCAAUCUCAGGCCACUCAAUAUACGGUCCCUAAAAAUAUGGUUUCUAAUAGCCAAGGUGUCUAUUCAAGUUCCAACAAUACAAUCCAAUCCUCAGAAAGGUAUAACCGCCCACCACCCUCUAGAAUUAAGUCCACUAAUGAAACUUCACCAAGUAUGGAAUACAUUCCGCCUCUUAGUAAUCGACCACAAGACUAUGAAAGGACUCAAAAUAAUCAAAGAUACAACGCAGAAACUAAAGAUAAACCAACAUACAGAAUAAAAUCAACUAAUGAAUCUUCACCAAGUAUGGAUUACAUUCCGCCUUUUAACACUCGACCACAAGUCCACAGAGAAAUAUUCACCAAGAAGAUUUUCCAUCAAAUUCAGCGAGGGAAGCAUACUAUGCACCUAGUAGAUCGGAAGAGAGGGGACAAUAUGUAAGUCGUGAUCACAGUUCUAUGCAAGCCCCCAUACAGAGUCAUUCUCAUAUUUCUGCGCAUGGUUCACAAACUCAUUCUCACGGAUCUUCUCAUGGAUCCGGGCAAAUUUUGUAUACUGAAUCCAAUUAUAAUACGAC